AUGGCAGAUAUCACGAAGGGCACGAAGCGAUUGAGUGGUGAGGCCGAGGGGAGCCAGGAUUCGAAGCGGGUGAAGACGAACGGCGACAAGAUGGACGCGAAGAAUCCGUACCUGGCUCAUCUCGAGGAGAAACCCGAGGCCGACUUCGAGUCGCUCCUCGACAAGCUCGAGCGCCGCAACACCACCGCGAAGCAGGCCGAGGCCGUUGAGGACUCCGACAUCAAUCCUUGGACCGGUCAGCGGCACUCGGAGCGCUACUUCAAGAUUCUGAAGGCUCGUCGCAAGCUACCCGUCAACAAGCAGCGCCAGGAGUUCCUCGACCUCUACCACAACAACCAGAUCCUCGUCUUUGUCGGUGAGACCGGUUCCGGUAAAACGACCCAGAUCCCUCAGUAUGUGCUCUACGACGAGCUGCCGCACCAGACCGGCAAGCUCAUUGCCUGCACACAGCCCAGGCGAGUGGCCGCUAUGUCGGUCGCCCAGCGUGUCGCCGACGAGCUGGACGUGAAGCUGGGCGAGGAAGUCGGUUACAGCAUCCGUUUCGAGAACAAGACGAGCUCCAAGACCCUACUCAAGUACAUGACCGAUGGUCAGCUGCUGCGAGAGGCGAUGCACGACCGCGACAUGUCGCGCUACAGCUGCAUCAUUCUUGACGAAGCCCACGAGCGCACUCUCGCCACCGAUAUUUUGAUGGCUCUGCUCAAGCAACUGUCGGAGAGGAGGAAAGAUCUUAAGAUUAUCGUCAUGUCCGCUACCCUCGACGCUCAAAAGUUCCAGUCCUACUUCUUCAACGCUCCGCUCCUCGCUGUGCCGGGUCGUACACACCCCGUCGAGAUCUUCUAUACCCCUGAGGCUGAGAGGGACUACGUGGAGGCUGCCAUCCGGACGGUGCUGCAGAUCCAUGCAUGCGAGCCUGAGGGUGAUAUCCUGCUGUUUUUGACGGGUGAGGAGGAGAUUGAGGAUGCCUGCCGCCGGAUUAGCUUGGAGGUGGACGAGAUGAUUCGGGAGUCUGACGCAGGGCCCAUGUCAGUUUACCCUCUGUACGGCACACUACCACCCCAUCAGCAACAACGCAUCUUCGAGAAGGCUCCCCAGCCCUUCCGCCCUGGCGGCCGGCCGGGCAGGAAAUGCAUCGUCGCAACCAAUAUCGCCGAAACAUCUCUCACCAUUGACGGCAUUGUCUACGUCGUGGACCCUGGUUUCAGCAAGCAAAAGAUUUAUAAUCCCCGCACAAGGGUUGAGUCGCUGCUCGUGUCUCCCAUCUCCAAGGCCUCAGCGCAGCAACGUGCUGGUCGUGCCGGUCGUACACGGCCAGGCAAGUGCUUCCGUCUGUACACGGAAGAGGCUUUCAAGAAGGAGCUCAUCGAGCAGACAUACCCCGAGAUCCUGCGGUCCAAUUUGUCCAACACCGUCCUCGAGCUGAAAAAGCUCGGCGUCGAGGACUUGGUACACUUCGACCUGAUGGAUCCGCCGGCUCCCGAGACCAUGAUGCGUGCACUCGAGGAACUCAACUAUCUGGCCUGCUUGGACGACGACGGCGAGCUAACGCCGUUGGGCAACCUGGCGUCCGAGUUCCCCCUAGACCCGGCGCUGGCCGUGAUGCUGAUCUCGUCGCCCGAGUUCUACUGCUCGAACGAGAUCCUGUCCAUCACGUCCCUCCUCUCCGUCCCACAAAUCUGGGUGCGCCCCGCGAACGCGCGCAAGCGCGCCGACGAGAUGAAGGCGCAGUUUGCGCACCCCGAUGGUGACCACCUGACGUUGCUGAACGCGUACCACGCGUAUAAGGGUGCCGAGGCGCGGGGCGAGGACAUGAAGAAGUGGUGCCACGAGCAUUUCCUAUCAUACCGUCACCUUUCGAGCGCGGACAACGUGCGGGCGCAGCUGAAAAAGAUCAUGGAGACGCACGGCAUCGAGCUGGUCAGCACGCCCUUCCACGACAAGAACUACUACACCAACAUCCGGCGCGCCCUGCUCGCCGGCUUCUUCAUGCAAGUCGCCAUGCGCGAGUCGAGCAACAGCAAGGUCUACAAGACCGUCAAGGAUGAGCAGCUCGUCUUGAUCCACCCGAGUACCACCGUUACCACGCCGUACGAGUGGGUUGUCUAUAAUGAGUUUGUCUUGACGACUAAGCAGUACGUGCGCACGGUGACGAACAUUCGGCCGGAGUGGCUUCUUGAAAUCGCCCCUGUCUACUACGACCUCAGCACGUUCCAGAAGGGCGAGAUCAAGAAUGCCCUGACGCGCGUGGCUGAGAAGAUCCGCCGCCAGCAGGCCAUGAAGGCCAGCAAGGCGUGA